CGGGAUAUCCGUUUGAAGGAGGCAAUUUCGUUAGUUAUUUGCCUGAUUUGCCCCGAGAUUUCGCCCUCGUCGUGUUCCGUCCCGAGGCAUGCUUUCUGGUCCCGGGGCCCGGUCGUUCAUUUACUGCAUGUUAAUAAGUUGUGAGUGAGAUCAAUUUAUCGUGUUGUGUUUUCGUUCCACGAAAUCUGUACGAAGUUUUUGGAAGAAUUUGUCCGUCAUAAUAAAUAUUAAUUAUGGUUUUCAAUACUGAGUGGGACGUCGAUAAAUAUAAAACUGAAUAUGAAAGUGAAGAGCACUGGCAACUGCGACGCUGCUUCAUGGAGACUCAUAAAAAUAAAUUUCCAGAGGAACGCUUAGUUUGUCUUGCUCAAGUGUUCACCAAUAUUGAAUUCAUGGGCUGCCGCUACCCAGCAGAAACCAUGGAACUCGUUGGCCAGCUAUCUCAGGGUGUUGCUGAUGGGUACCGUGAAAAACAGAAAACAAAACUGCAGAGGACUUUUGUCAAAGCUUCAGAUGCUGCUGGAGCCAAAGUUAAAGGUACCGCAAAAUGACUGAAACGUCUUUUGGGAGAUGCAGCUGGCCCAUUGGAUUCCUCUCCCAAAAUUAUUAAGUGUUCAGACGUUACCCAGUUGCCGCAAAACACUUCAACAACAAGAACUACUACUAUUACUCCAGAAAAUUCAGAGACAAAGCAGCUGCCUAUAAAAACAAUUUCAUCAACAACGUGGGUUGUGACCGAUAUGGAACCAAAUAUUGAAAAAACUUCUGCAUCUCAUUUAUUCAAGGCUUGUGCUUUUGUUCGGGAAGAACCUUCAAGGAAUUUAUUAAAGGAAGGAACUGUUCAGGUCUCAAAUAAUGAAACUAAAAUGAAUGGUUAUGAGCAAAACUACAACAAGCCUGCUAAUAAUCGGGGAGAAGUAGCUCUGAUGCAGGCAGGGCCUUAUGGAAAAUUGGUCUUACUUGAAUAUGAAGAGCAACCACAUCCCUACCAAGUAUUGAUUGCAUCUUUGAAUCAUUUUCAUAUUCCAUUUCACCUUGAGUACAAAGCUGAAUAUUCUUCCAUGUUGUGCAAUGUAUUUGUCAAUAAUCAACUCUUAUCGUCGUCAUCUGGCUUCAACCGAAAGGAUGCUCGUGAUAAGGCUGUUGGUAAAGCAUAUAAUAAAUUAAAAGAGAUGUGCUACGUUUUGAAGAUAAAGGGUGGGAUUAAUUCAGAUGAUCCUGUGGUUGAGCGGGAUCAUUUAAAACAGUUCGAGCCAACUUUCACCCCAGAAAAGAAAGAAGGUAACUCCUUAGAUAUUCCAUUAGAAGAAAACAUUGGUAGUAAAUUAAUGCGAGCUAUGGGCUGGACUGGGGGAGGCCUUGGAAAGGAUCGGCAAGGAAUACAGGAACCAAUAAGACCAACUGUACUGGUAAGAAGAGGAGGCAUUGGUGUUCUCGAUGUAAAAUCUGCCAAAGAAUUCGAAAAAAAAAUUUUCAAAAUUUUAGAAGAGUACAAACUAAGCAAGGAAACUCAUAGUUUAACAUUUUCAUCUGAUUUCACUAAAGAAGAACGAGUAGUUGCACAUCAAAUGAGUCAAAAAUUAAAGCUGAAAUCGAGAAGUUAUGGACACGGGGAUGAUAGAAAACUGGUUGUUUCUCAAAAGAAUAACUUCGGCAAAGUUGUUGAGGAUAUGUUGCUCUUGGGAGAGUAUUCAAAUUCUAAGUUUCAGCUCAUAAAGCCAUCUAUUGCUUUACCUCCUGAAAAUGAACAGCAUGCUCAACUCAAUUGUGAAAAUAAUGUGAAAUGUGAGGAUGCAAUUGUCAGUGGAAUUGAAACUUCUGCUCAGGUUCCUGAGAACCAUCCCCCCCUUGCUGUUACUGAAAAUAUUUGUCCUGUAACUGUGCAGUCAAUUGAUGUUGCAAUGCGGAAUGUUGUUUGUGAACGUUCACAGAGAAGUGUAGAUAAUAUCACAGGACCGUUUGGGAGCUUUGUACUAAUAGAGGAUGAAAUAGUUGUUACUCCAAUUCAGUUAAUUAAAAGAUCAGCUCAUGAAUGUCAUAUUCCUUUCAAAUUUGAAUAUGGCAAUGUGGAGAAAGGUGGCGUGGUUUGUAGACUGUUAAUUAACAACAUUUUGGUUGCAUCAAGCACUGAAGUCACCAAAAAAAGAGCUCGCGAUAUGACAAUUAGCAGGAGUUUAGUGAAACUUAAGGAUGUAUGUUAUACAUUGAAGGUAAGAAUACAGCAGGGGAGCCUGCUUACAGUACAACAGACUAACCAAGAGUUUCUAAAUCGUGAUGAAUAGGUUACCGCCUGGUCUUGAGGUUGGGGAAGAAAGAAUUGUGAGUGGUCCAUGUGGUUGUUUAAAGUAUUCUUCCAGCAUCUGCCUGGGAUUGAAGGAACAAUGUACUAUCUUCUCUUCAGCUUCUUUGAGCAGAUGACAUAACUCAAAGAGGCAACACCUCUGCCACUUUAUUCUAGUUGACCAGUAGAUAAUUAGAAAGUUUUUUUUGCGAAAUAUUGUCAUCGGUGGUCUUGGUGAGAUAAACGUGUCUGCAGGCUGGCAAUUAUGAGUGUUGUGUUAAUAUGCAGCUCAAGUGCAAAUGUGAUAAUUAUACAUUUCUAUUAUCAAAGAGAGAUUAUUGAAUCAGAACUUGAAUUAUUUUUUUAUUUCCUUGUUUACUUUUAGCAUUGCACCAUUACAUGAUUUUUCAUAAACGCACCUGAACUGGUGGACAGGUAGCGAAGUCCAGUACCUGAAUCCAGGAGGAGAGCUAUUCUCCACGGAAAUACUAUGAUCAACAUUAAGGUUUUCAUUCUUAGGAGUUUUACUAUUCUGAUUAAAGGUAAAAUGUAAAUUGUAAGAAAAUUUGAUAUAUUUGAUUGACAGAUACAAUUUAUUUUAAAUUGGUACUUAAAAACCAGGGGUGUAUUUUAUUAAAAUACAUAUGUGGAUAGAGACAUGAAUAUUUAUGUGCUGUGUCUAAAAGAUGCUGUUUAGUUACAUAGAUGCACAUAAAUUGAGAUGUAAGUUGCAUGUACUCAUAAGUCAAAUAAAUAAUAUGAACAAUU